CCUUCAGGUGGGUUCGAACGUGACAGCAGCAAGCUUGCACAGCGUGGUGACGCUAUCAUGUGUGGCCAUGUCGUACCCACGGGCGACCGUGAGGUGGUCGCGGGGCGAAGAGCCCUUCCUGCCUGGGAGCGAGAGGCUCCUCUUUAAGUCGAGCGACCUUAGCCAUGUGCAGGUGCUGGCCACUCUCACAAUCACCGCCCUACGCAGGCAGGACAACGGCACCUACAUCUGCACGGCCCAUAACGACAGAGAAAUGCUGAUGGCCGCGCAAGAUGUCGUAGUUUUAGAGCCGGCCGAGAUUUCUGUUGACUCCGUAGAAGCGCUGGACUCCAGAACUGCACUCCUGCGCUGGAGUCUGGAAUACAAGGGCAACUUGCCAAUCAAACGAUACCACCUGCAAAUGAAGAACUACAGCACGGGUGGGACAGAGUGGCUGGACAUGGACGACAAAAUACCGGCCAACGCUACUAGCUAUACUGUUCGGUAUCUGGCGCCUGCUGUCACCUACGGAUUCCAGUUGGCAGCAGUCAACGAAGCGGGGCACAGCAACUGGGAAGCUAAAAACCUUACCAUGCCUGCGGAUGUUCCACCGAAGAUCACGUGGGUUCAGAUGAUGGCUUCAACCAACGAGACUCUUCUGUUUGGCUGGCGUCGUCCCAGCCACGACAAUGGGGCUGACAUUAGUCACUACGUAGUAACUCUUAGCCAACAGCAGAAGAUCGUGGCCAAUGAGACUCUACCAGUCUUACCGUCUGAAAGGCAAAACUACAUCUUCAUCUUCGUUGGUCUGGAGCCCGGGGAAUGCUACUCAUUCCAGGUGCAGGCAUGCAGCCAAAUAGGAUGCGGCAGCUGGUCCGACGAACUAGAUGCCAUUACAUCCGAUGGCAUGGCUGACCCACCGGAAAAUAUCGAAAUGCGGUGCUUCCAUGACAGCACCCAGAACCUCAACUAUGUGGUAGUCACGUGGGACACACCAAAGAAUGUGAGAGGCAGCAUCCAAGCUUACAAUGUGACUCUUGAAGGUGAAGCUCGGUACCGUAACGCUAGCGGCCACGUGGUGUUGGACACUUUCCAAGAGUUCAAUGAGGUGCAAAAGGAGAAUAAGGCCUUCAAGAGCACCGUCCGACCCAACACGAGAUAUGCGGUUAGGGUAUGUACAGUCAACAAAGCGGGAUGUGGACCUUCCAGUCGCCCCACAGACAAAUCCAAGUGCAUGUCACCCCCAUCGGUUCCUUCUUCGAUGCCAGAAUUUGAACUGAACACAAUAGAAGGUCACGAGAAAUGUCAUCAGCUGAAGUUGAAACUUCAGAAAGUUUCGGAAAGGAAUGGUUUCAUUAGAUGUUACCGAGUGAUAGUCAUCAGACUGGCAAAGGGUGACUCCAUUUCUGUUUUGCCUCGGAAUCCAGACAAUAUGAAUCUCACGUCCUACGAAGAUGUUCACCAAGAGGGUGGACACAGAGGAGCUUACCUCGCAGAGGCUUUCGACAGCGAGAACUUCUCCAGCGAGGUGGUCCUGGGGGACGGCGAGUUCAGCCUUUGUGAUCCCAGGUCGGAGCCACCUUUUCGAGUGAGGAGAGCAACAGAAGAGGAGGUUGAGGAGGAGGAGAGAACCCUUCGAGUGUACGACGGUUCUCUCGACCCGGACACAAAUUACUCCGGAUUCGUCGAGGUUCAAGUCUGGGGUCCGGACGGACAGAUUUUAGCCAAACAGAGUGAAUACUUUAAACCAGCGCAGACUAGUUCACUGUCGUCGUCGGGGUCGAGCGCGGGGACAGCACCCCCCGUGAGGCCCGCCGACAGCCCCAUGACCUUCCUGUUUGGCGUCAUCUGCGGAACGAUUCUUGUUGUGCUCGUCCUCAUACUUGUCAUUUGCCUCAUCAGACGCCGUAACAGUUGUCCUUAUGACGGGGAUGAUGGGGAACAUUUAGGGUUGACUGCGUUACUGCGGAGAACAGUCCACAGAAGCACUCACCUUGCCAGAGGUAGCCACUUAGCAAAGCUUCCUUAUUUUGGACCCAUUGCAGCAGAAGAGCUUCCAGCCGCUUAUGCAGAGAAACAUUUGGACACAGAUUUGCUUUUCAGGAGUGAAUUUGAGGCCUUACCGGACACAUUUCGGGACAGGACGACAAUGGCAUCGGAUUGCAUUGAAAACGCAUGCAAGAACCGGUAUCCUGAUAUCAAAGCUUAUGAUCAAACAAGAAUCCGUCUUUCUUCAGAUCUGGACAUUCCUGGAUCGGACUACAUCAACGCCAAUUUCGUCGAGGGCUACCGAGAGCGGAAGCUUUACAUAUGCGCCCAGGCACCGCUGCGGAACACUGUAUGCGACUUCUGGCGCAUGGUCUGGCAGCAAGGUGUGUCUGUCAUCGUCAUGCUCACUGGUUUGGAGGAGAACGGAGAGGAAAAAUGUGCUCUUUAUUGGUCUGACGGUAAACCCUUGGAGAUUAGCUACUUCAGUGUGACGCUCAUUAGUUUCAAAAAGUGCUCAGACUACAUUCUCAGAACUCUUCUCCUCAAAUGUUCCAAGAAUGAGGAGGUGUGCCAACGUGAGGUGCUACACUUCCACUUCCUGAUGUGGAGUGAUUUUCUGAGCCCUGGCCAACCAUCCUGGCUCCUGAGGUUCAUCAAGAGGGUGAAUGAGCAUUAUUCUCCAGACAGGGGACCUUUACUUGUCCAUUGCAGCGAAGGAGUCGGUCGCACGGGUACGUACGUUGCCAUUGAUUCCUUGAGUCAGCAGUUGGACGAAGAGGGUAUAGUCGACAUCUUCGCCUUCGUCACACACCUCAGGUAUCACAGGAAUCAUCUCAUUCGGACGUUGGAGGAAUACAUGUUUGUAUACCGCGCUCUUAUGGAGCAUGCGCAGUUCGGUGACACAGAACUGGAGCUACAUCACCUCAGGGACCACUACGAACUGCUGAAGGGCAAGGUCAGAGAUAACUGCAGGACGGGUCUCGAAGUCGAGUUCGAGAAACUGAAUGAUGUCUUCGAGGAGCCCAAAACCUACUGUGUAGGCGCGUGGGACAUCAAUAGGUGUAAAAAUAGAUACGAAUGCAUCAUACCAUAUGACAUGAACCGAGUCAUCCUUUUGCCUUCCAUUACUGAUCAAUCGUCCUAUAUCAAUGCAUCUCAUAUUCAGGGUUACUAUCGUUCUCUGUCGUUCAUCAUCACACAAGACCCUCUGCCGCAAACCAUUUGGGACUUCUGGCGGAUGGUCAAAGAACAGCACAUCACCACACUCGUCAUGCUUUCUGAACUCGGUCAAGAUCUGAACAAGUGCCCCCAGUAUUGGCCGGACGAAGAAGAGGAAGAAAUUUACGAAACAGUGCGUGUGAAGCUUAAGAGCUCAAGCCAAACUUCGCACUACAUCCUCAGGCAAUUUAUUGUCACAGACAUUGAGGAUGACCAAAAGCACAUGCUGAGCCAAUUCCAGUUAGUUAACUGGUCUUCAAGUGGUUCCGGUGUGCCAGAUAAUCUAGCUUCUCUGAUAGUGGCCAUCGAGCAUGUGCAACAGCACCACAACAAUCAGCCUUCGUCCGGACCUAUUACCGUACACUGCAGCGGUGGCGGAGACAGGAGCGGCAUCUACGUCGCCCUCAGUGACUUGAUCGAGCAAGCACGAUGCGACGAAAGGGUUGACGUUUUCCAGACCACUAAAUAUGCGAGAGCUCAGCGGCACUGCCUACUACAGACACUGGAGCAAUAUGAUUUCUUAUACCGCGGACUGAUCCAUUAUGUGGAACGCUACAACCUCUGCAACAUGGGAGAUACUCAGUUAUGAUGGCAGUUGCCACUUAGUCCUCUUAACCACCCACUGCUGACAUUCAACAACCUCACUGCCACACUACUCAAAAAGAUACCAUUGGUUCCAUGAAUUGUGCUCUGUCUUCUCCUUCACUGACGUUCCUCAAUCCAGCAGACACCUGAUGGAUUGCUUUCGACAAUCCAGCAAACAUUUCUCGGUCACUUAUUUUCAGCUAUUUAAAGAAAAUAUCUGUUUGUUUUUCAGAUGUAAGAAAGAAUGGCUCUGUAAAAUGCCAAAUAUAAUUGGAGUGAACUUCUGCAGUUACUCAGUAUUUGUAAAGUUUGCCAAGUUCAGCAACUGGCAUCAGGUUAUAUAUUCUUUUAUUUGAAAAAUGCCCACAAUAUUUUAACUCACAGUUCAUGGUUUAAUAGGAAAAAGAGAAAAACAUUAUGUAAGGGUUGACUUUUUUGAAACAAAAAAAAAAAAGGAUCUUGAAUCAAACAAUUAAAGAUCCCUCCUAUCUAUAUUUUACAGUUAAGUAAAUGCUUUUCCAUUUGUAACAUAUGGGGUCCUGAAAAUCAUCACAUUCUGCAUUAGGUGACCACCUAGAUCAAGCAUCGGCAACCUAUUUUGGCUGCAAGUCAAAAUCAACCACAAUAUGUGUACUGAGGAAUUUGGGGUCAGUGGUAUUUUCAUUUUAGAACAGUCUUUCUUCGUGAGUUAUAAAGAUAAAUUUUUUUUAGAAAAUAGUUACAAAGCGCCAUAAACGUUAACCAUAAAAAUUACAAUUAUUAUUAAAAAAUAACUAAACCUUGUUUUUUUCCUUCGAUAUAAAGGCUGCUCUGAUGCUGAACUUGUGACGUCAAUUUAGUCAAGUCUGGCUUUAUAUAGUUAAUCAUCUUAAGAUAAAUACAAGCAUUUGAAUUUUCAAUAGUUCAGCUGCUUCUGUUCUCUAACUUAAAAUAAAUUUCAUGUGAGAAAAUAUUUGCUCGCAUUUAUAAUUUGAAUGUGGACAAAAUGGCAAAGCCAUGUUUUUUGAAAUUAUGGAUCUGUACUACCAAACUUAUAGAUUUCUUUUUUAGAUUAUGCUAGAAUUUUUACUUUUUACAAAUAAAAAUACAUGUUCAUUACUGCAACUUUGUAAUCAAACAAAAAUGUUCUUGUUUAUUUUCAGUUAAUUUUUUUAUGUAUUCUUCAAAAUUUUCGUUUCAUAAUUUAUUUUGAUAUAUUAUAUAUUCGGAACUCGAGUGGGUUUGUGGAUGACCCGCAGGUCAUUGGUUGCUGAGGCCUGACCUAGAUGGUUAUGUCCAGUUUCAGAAUUUUUCAUAUGUAUUUUUGAAAAAUCAUCCCACUUCAGACUCUCACUAUGAGAUAAACCAUCUAUCUCACAGUGAGAGCCUGAAGUGGCUCUCAUUUGCCAUUUCAUUUAAGGGUCUUUGCUGGAACAUGAAGUAAUGUCGCUUCACACAUUAAUGUCACUGGCGUUGAUACCUAAUACAGUUAUUUAUGAAAUAGCACAUGAUCCAGCAUGUUUAUCAUUUCGGCCUGCCAUUUUCAUCAAACACCUUCUUUCCCAUUAAAUAUUCCCUUACCAAACAUAAUGAAGGGAAAAAAUAAAAGGUGAAUUGACCUGAUUUUUUUAUGUUCUCAGCCCAAACAAUUUGCAGAAAGAAAGAAAAAAACAAUGGAGUGGCAUGACUUUUUUGCCAUCUCCAAAUAGCCUGUAGUGGGUAUUUAUAACUGUGAAAUUUCCCAAACUGCAUACCACUAAUUAAUUGCCAAAUAUAUGCAUUUAAAGAAACAGACAUUGGUUCUUGCAGAAGGUCAUGUAUUAGAUUCUUUCUGAAAACUUAAUAACUAAAUGGCGAAAUAAUUUUGAAAAUAUAGGUAUGAAGUGAAAAAAAAAAAGAUUUCAAACUUACUUCACUGUUAAUUUAAUUUUUAUAUUAUGAAUAAUUUUUCUCCUUAACUGAUAAAUUUUUAGUUUAACUAGAUCUUAUAUUUUAAUAUUUAUGUAUGAAAUUAUAUAUAUUUUUAUGUUCCCUUAAUCUUAGUACCAUUAAUUAGUCAGUAUUACUUUAUGUGUGUUAUUGUUGUGUUGAUAACAGCUUGUGUUUCCUUUAUAUUAUGUAAGCAUCUCGCCAUUUCAAAUAUUACUACUUAUUGUCUGUAUUCCUAGUGAAUAAUAUUUCCCAAGCAAGUUUAAUCUGUGAGCUUUUUAUAACAAUUCAGAUGAAAAAUUCAAUUAAAAUUUUAAACUUAUUGUAAAUACAAUGUAGAUAAAAUAUAGCCUUAAAAAAAUUCAUCAUUUAGUGCACAUUUUUGGCAAUAAAAACAGGUUAAAAUAGGGACUUAUGUCUCAUUAUGUUUUUUUUUUUUUUUUAAAUAUAAGAAUUUUGACAAUGUGAUCACACACGACGAAAUAGCUCUAGAAAUCACAGUAAUAAAUAUGUUGUAACUAAAAGGAAUUAGUUUUAAAAUCGUAUUAAACUAAUGUUAUGGUAACAAAGAAGUUUACUUAAAAUGCCCACAACUAAAACAAUAAACGUUUUAAUUAAUUGACUUUUAAGUCAAAGAACAGAUGGGAAGCACUCUGAGAAAUUUGACAAUAAUUGCUCACCUUCUUU